AUGCCCCAUACUCCUCGUUACACUUUUUCCCAGGACUUUGCGCUUCCGCAAGAAUUCUACGAAGCCAAAGCCGUGAACAACACAAGAGCCCCAUCUUUUCCGAUCGAGGACGAUGUUGAAGACGAUAUAGAGAUUGACUUCCAACAGAUACGAAACAACAGAGGGAAACAGCUAUAUGAUGCAAGCGGCGCUUCGGUGCAGGUGGCAGAUAAGUUUUAUGUGAAGGGUAAGGAAAGCCUAAGCGAGAGAUUAAAUCGACUCAAAGCUGAAGUACAACUACUCUCGGAAGAUAUACACGAGGCACAGGAGAUGGACAUCAAGUCUCAAGAGAAAGACCACGAAGCCUGUCAAACAACCGCACAACUGACAGACGAAGUCAGUGCCAUGGUUCAAAAGCUGAGCGUUGCUGAGAAAAUGAUUACGCCAAAUGCGUUCAGUGACGAGAGCACGCGUCGGCUGAUUGACAAACUUAACCAGUAUAAGCAAACCUCGAUGCAAACAGCCGAGGCGGUAGACACAGAUAUGUCAUCACCGGCUCCUCAACAGGCAGAAGGGGUCACGUACGAAUUAUAUUACAAGCCGGACGUUGCAGCGCUUACGACAGGCUCACACAUGGCCGACUUAGAAAGGAGACUAGCAGCUCUUGAAACUGUUCUUGGACCAAACUUGCACCAGUCUGUGACUGAUCUAGCCAGGUCGCUGGGUAUUUCUGGUAGCGAUCUCUCGCUCAGCGAGUUGUUGAGUACCGCGGCCGCACGUUUCCAAUACCUGGACGAGAGUAAAAUGAUGGUGCUGACUAAAAAAUACCAACAACUACAAGCAUCAGCGGGCGAGACUCCAAGGGGAACCGACAGUCCGACGCCGGUACAAAACGAGAAGCUAUCUGCAGCUUAUGAUUUGCUGAUGAAGCAAGAUACAGAUUCGCGGAUGCUGCCCGAUAUUAUUGACCGCCUGCACACCCUUCGAAGUGCUCAUGAACAGACAGUGAACAUGGCUAACACAGUGACCAUGUUCGAGGAUAGGCAAUCGCUCCUGUUAGAGUCUGUUCAGCAUAUGAAAGAACUGCUAUCACAGGUGGACAGUGGUCUGAAAACCAACUCUCAAACAACGGAGGCAAACGUUGGUUCCUUACUAGCCCGAAUGGACGAGCUGUCCAAAAGAAUAUAAGGGGCCAUCAUGAAAUAAAGCAUUGUACCC